AUGACUUCUCGUGAAUUGGAAGUUACAACUCUAUAUAUUUACCCGGUGAAAUCUUGUCGUGGCAUCCAAGUGGAUUCAUGGAAGACUAAUAAAUUUGGUUUUAUGUAUGAUAGAUUUUGGAUGGUUGUUGAUGAGAAUUACAAGUACCGAACGCAACGCGAAUUUCCAAAGAUGGCUUUGAUAGUCCCAACCAUUAACGAAAACCCAGAAGACGAGCAUGGAGGAUCUCUUGUAUUGACAGCACCAGGAAUCGAUAGAGAAUUAUCACUUCCACUUAAUCCAAACAAUCUUGACGCAUACGAUUGUGGCGAUGAGGCAGCAACCUGGAUCACCGAAUAUAUGGGAGUAUCAUCACGAAUCGUAUACAAAUCCACACAAGAAAUAAGGACCCUCGGAAUAUACGCGCCAAGUGAACAAGUUCUCGGAUUUAAACCGCAGACAGCGUUCGCCGACGGCUAUCCUUUCUUAUUGAUAAGUGAAGAAUCGUUAAAUGAUGUGAACAAUAGAGUGUCGUCACCUGUUAUCAUGCGGAAUUUUCGACCUAAUAUUGUGGUCAAAGGAUGUCGAUUUCCUUUUGAAGAGGAUACUUGGAAACAAUUUGUUAUUGGUGAAGAUGACGAAAAUUUGUUUUACGUCGCAUCUCGUUCUACUCGGUGUAUUAUGGUAACCGUAAAUCCAGAGACUGGGAAGAGAAAGAGUAAUGAGGUAUUCAAAGUUUUACAAUCAUAUCGUAGAGUAGAUAAACAAUCAAAAUACCGACCUUGCGUUGGAAUGAAUCUUGUUCACAAGAAAAUUGGGGCGAAAUUAAAUGUCGGCGAUAAAAUUCGUAUAAUCGACGCAAUAAUAAGUUAG